GCUUACUGAGUUAAUGAGAAUGUAUGAGGGAGAGAGAGCGUUGAGAAGAGCAAAGCGCGAACGAGAGAUUUGUACAUUUGUAGCCGUUCCCUUCGAUUGUCGCCUACAGACGUCGACUGAUAAACGUUUUCAUCUGAAACGAGAAGACAGCGGAGUAUGUCUACCAACACAGAGGGAGAAAAGUAGUCCACAUUGCGCGCUAUUCGUACAAGGGUGUCAGUCAAUGUGUAGUGGGCCACUCCAAGGCAGACACACUCCUCCAAUGUGUCCUUGUCCAGUCCUUGUGUGAUCUGAUCUGGGACCAGUGGGAUAAAUGAGUAGCCUGGCUGAGGAUCGCAGCGUUGGCACACACCACAAAGCCUACACAGUAGGAUGUCGUGGGUCCGAGGCUUCUUCGUAGCCAAAGUGGACGAACGAAAGACCGCGUGGGGGGAGCGCAAUGGCAGAAAGUCCAACAAGCGGAAGAACGGUUGCUCAGGGUCAUCUCUCUGCAAGCCCCGCUGCAUGAGCUGCCUGCGGGACGCUGAGGACCUGGAUCCCACCCCUCCCACCCCCCAGCACUACCACCGUGGAGGAGGGGGGUCCGGCCCCAGCGGAGGGGGUAACUUUGGGAUGCGCUGUGGCUGGCAGGAGGACCACUAUGGGAAACGGACCGGGGCGGCGGGAGACCUGGGGUUGAAGGCCGUGGAUCUGGGGUUCGAUGACGGAGACCUGACAGGGAGGAAAGGUCCAGGGGAGGAGGAUUUGGGGGAAGGAACGGGGGAGGACGGAGGAACAUGCAAUGCCUUCACAGCCGCGGAGUGCUGGAUGCGCGUCGUACGAGUGUUCCAGUCGAAGAAGUUCACAUCGGCGAAACUGGAACGUCUGUACCAGCGCUACUUCUUCAGGCUCAACCAGAGCUCUCUGACUAUGCUGAUGGGUGUCCUUGUCAUAGUCUGCGGCGUCAUGCUAGCCUUCCACUGUGUCCACGCUCCACCCGACGUAGCCUACGCCUCGGUGCUCUCCGUGGCCAUGGCCCUCUUCCUGUCCAUGAUGGUGGUGUGUAACAGGAACGGCUUCCACCAGGACUACAUGUGGAUCGUCAGCUACUUGGUGAUCGGGGUGCUGCUGGUGGUCCAGGUGUUUGGGGUGUUGAUGGUUGCCCCCCGAAGCGCUUCUGAGGGGAUCUGGUGGUCUGUGUUCUUUAUAUACAUAAUCUAUACGCUGUUGCCAGUGAGGAUGAGAGCUGCAGUGCUGAGUGGAGGGGUACUGUCUACCAUACACCUCAUCACCGCAUGGCAACUCAACCAGGAUGAUGUUUUCCUAUGGAAACAGCUGAGUGCCAACGUGUUGAUCUUCCUGUGCACCAACAUGAUAGGUAUCUGUACCCACUACCCCGCUGAGGUAUCGCAGAGACAGGCCUUUCAGGAGACCAGGGGGUACAUCCAGGCCCGGCUCUACCUACAGAGAGAGAAUCAGCAACAGGAGCGCCUGUUGCUGUCGGUGCUUCCGAGGCACGUUGCCAUGGAGAUGAAGGCAGAUAUCAACGCCAAGAAGGAAGAUAUGAUGUUCCACAAGAUCUACAUCCAGAAACAUGACAACGUCAGUAUACUGUUUGCAGACAUCGAAGGAUUCACCAGCCUGGCAUCACAAUGCACCGCACAAGAGUUGGUCAUGACACUGAAUGAACUUUUCGCUCGCUUCGACAAACUAGCUUCGGAGAACCACUGUCUGAGGAUCAAGAUCCUUGGAGACUGCUACUACUGUGUGUCUGGACUGCCUGAACCCAGGGCCGACCAUGCACACUGCUGUGUGGAGAUGGGAGUGGACAUGAUAGAGGCCAUCUCGCUGGUGAGAGAGGUCACAGGGGUCAAUGUGAACAUGCGUGUGGGUAUCCAUAGCGGCCGGGUCCACUGUGGAGUGCUGGGACUCAGGAAGUGGCAGUUUGACGUAUGGUCCAACGAUGUCACUCUAGCCAAUCACAUGGAGGCAGGGGGUGCGGCAGGGCGUAUCCACAUCACCAAGGCCACCCUACAGUACCUGAACGGGGACUAUGAGGUGGAGCCGGGGUUCGGAGGGGACAGGAACGCCUAUCUGAAGGAGAACAACAUCGAGACGUUCCUGGUGCUGGGGUGCAGCCAGAAAAGGAAAGAGGAGAAGGCAGCGAUGGCCAAGAGUGCCAUGAUGCAGCGGGUACGCGCCAACUCCACUGAGGGCCUGAUGCCACGCUGGGUACCCGACACACGCUUCUCCAGGACCAAGGACUCCAAGGUCUUCAGGCAGAUGGGUAUUGAUGAAACAUCCAGACAAGACAACCGCUGUGCCCAAGAGGCCCUGAACCCUGAGGAUGAGGUGGAUGAGUUUCUGGGCCGAGCCAUUGACGCCCGCAGCAUAGACCAACUCCGUAAAGACCACGUGAAGAAGUUCCUCCUCACCUUCCAGACUAAAGACCUGGAGAAGAAGUACUCUAAGAAGGUGGAUGAUCGUUUUGGAGGCUACGUGGCCUGUGGUCUGUUAGUCUUCUGCUUCAUUUGUUUCAUCCAGAUCAUCAUUUUCCCCCACACUCCCCUCAUGCUGGGUCUUUACAUCAGCAUCUUCAUCAUCCUCGUCAACAUCCUCUUCAUCUGUGCCAUCUACUCCUGCAUCAAGCUCUUCCCGGCUGCAUUGCAGACGCUGACUAAGAAGAUCGUCCAGUCUCGUACCAAUAGUACCCUGGUGGGGGUCCUCACCAUCAUACUCCUCUUCAUGUCUGCCUUCGUGAACAUGUUCACCUGUGACAGAGAGGGCCUGGUGGACUGUGUGGUGCGUGAGCGUAACCUGUCCUCCAGUUUGGUGACUCUGUGUCUACUACACAACCUGACACAGUCGGCACAGGACGGACUAACCCUGUGCCCCAGCCAGCCCAUGCCAUGCCACUUCCCUGAGUAUUUCUGCUACAGUGUUCUCCUGACCCUGCUGGCCUGCAGUGUGUUCCUCCACAUCAGCAGUAUAGGCAAGCUGGCCCUUAUGGUGCUGAUCCAGGUCACCUUCCUGCUGCUGGUGGAGUGGCCCCAGGUGGCCCUGUUCGACAACGCAGACCUGCUGCUCACCGCCAACACCCUCUCUUUCACACCUUUGAAUGACUCUCUAGAUUGGUUUCCUAGUUUCAAUGAAACAGUUACAGAGAUGUGCCAGGAGAGUGUGACCAAGGUGUCUCUAAAGGUCAUGACCCCUGUCAUCCUGACGGUGUUCGUCCUGGCUCUGUACCUACACGCUCAGCAGGUUGAGUCCACUGCACGCCUCGACUUCCUGUGGAAGCUGCAGGCUACAGAGGAGAAAGAGGAGAUGGAGGAGCUUCAGGCCUACAACCGCCGCCUCCUCCACAACAUCCUGCCUAAAGACGUGGCUGCACACUUCCUGGCGCGGGAGCGGCGUAACGACGAGCUCUACUACCAGUCCUGUGAGUGUGUGGCCGUCAUGUUCGCCUCCAUCUCCAACUUCUCUGAGUUCUACGUGGAGCUGGAGGCCAACAACGAGGGAGUGGAGUGUCUCAGGCUACUUAACGAGAUCAUCGCCGACUUUGACGAGAUCAUCAGUGAGGACAACUUCCGUCAACUGGAAAAGAUAAAGACCAUCGGUAGUACCUACAUGGCUGCCUCUGGCCUCAACGACUCUACCUACGACCGCGAGGGACGAUCACACAUCCUGGCUCUGGCAGACUAUGCUAUGAGACUCAGGGAACAGAUGAAGUACAUCAACGAACACUCCUUCAAUAACUUCCAGAUGAAGAUAGGUCUCAACAUGGGUCCAGUGGUGGCAGGGGUGAUUGGGGCCAAGAAGCCCCAGUAUGACAUCUGGGGGAACACUGUCAACGUGGCCAGUCGUAUGGACAGCACAGGAGUCCCAGACUGCAUACAGGUGACCACAGACCUGUACCAUGUCCUGGUAAACAAAGGCUACCAGCUGGACCACAGAGGCCUGGUCAAGGUGAAGGGUAAAGGAGAGAUGACCACCUACUUCCUGACCAGCGGUCCCAAUGGUACCAAGGGGAGUUAACGGAUGGCCACGGGACUACCGCUGGCUGCUAAUACAUGAAGAGGAGAGAGAUGGAGAGGGGGAGAGAGCGGGAUAGGGGGGAGUGAGUGUGUAAGAAAACGCUGGCUGCUAAUACAUGAAGAGGAGAGAGAUGGAGAGGGGGAGAGAGCGGGAUAGGGGGGAGUGAGUGUGUAAGAAAAGAGAGCGAGAGGAGGGAGAGAGAGAGAUGAGAAAAAAAGGGAACAGUUCAAAGCCCUGAAGGAAAUGUGUUUUGUGUGUGUGUGUGUGUGUGUGUGUGUGUGUGCAAUCAUGUAUUCUUAUACACACUACUUUAGGUUUGGGUCUCAAAUGGCUCCCUGUAUAGGCCUUAAGGGCCCUGGUUAAAAUUAGUGCACUGUAUAGGGAAUACGGUGCCAAAUGUGACGCAAACCAGGUAUUUUGUUCUCACUUCAAGGCUUUUGACACGAAGCUACUUGAAAGAUAUAAUGAGCGAAUUAUAGUGAAGACCUAUUGCCUUAGAAGGAAAUUACUGAACAAAAGGCUAUAUUUGUUUUGUUGUGAGCUACACAACAAAUACUUCACAUCCGGAGCUAUUAUUUAUUUUUCACUGAAAUGGAUGAAUUUUUUUGUUGUCAUGAUGACCUUGUAACAAAAGCUACAUAUGUAUUAUAUGAAAUAUUCAAGGAUGAGAAGGAUGACAAUGACCAAAGAACAAAUGUUUUAUUAUGAGGGACUGACUCUACACACAUCAACCUAUUUCUGUUUGAAAUGACUGCAGAAGGAACAACUGAAAUGACUGCGGAUCGAACAACCGCAAACCUGUUGUUUUUUCAGCUUUUUCUUUCUUAGUCACUUUUGACAACAAGGGCCACGGAAAACAACGUCAUUGUCUUUGAUAGUGGCGAAUACAUUAUUGUUUUUGACUUUGAUAUGCUUGCUAAUACGUAAAGAGAGCUGAGAAAUCUUGUAUUUGAUUGUGCACUGUGAACGAAGACAGACCACACACACGCAGAGCAGCCUUGGACUGGAUUUCUGUGUUCCUUUCAGGGCCUCUAUUGUGUGCAGGAUAAUUCUAGUCCACAUAAGGGUGUGGUUUCUCUUUCCUAUGUAACAUCAAUGACAUUCCCUCUCUAGAUGUAUUUUUUUUUUGGUACAAGCCAAAACAGAAACUUUAGUGACGGACAAACAAACAACUGCAUCGCUACCAUGGUACCGGAGUGAGUGUUUUCAUUGCUGUGAGAUGUUUUAUAUGAAAUAAGUGUGUGCGUGUGUAUGCUGUUCUUUAUCUUUAAAGGGGCAUAAUUUUUCACUGUGAGGUUUUUAAAGAUUCUGUAUGACAAGUGGGUUUGCUUCCCAAAUGGCACCCUAGUCCCUAUGUAGUGCACUACUUUUGUCGGGCCCUGGUCAAAAGUAGUGCACUACAUAGGGAAUAGGGUGCCAUUUUAGACGCACACGUGCCAAAUUGAUGCUGCAAAGGCUUACGCGUGUAGUUUUUAUAUAUUAUACUUUUGGAGUUGUGUGUUCAUUCCUGAUUUUAUGUUUGUUGAUUUUAUUUAAAUCACCUUUACUUCAUGCCUUUUAUUUUACUGUGAAUAUGAUCACAAUUCCAUUCCAACCAAUAAUGUCUAAAAACCCACAAAUUGAUUUUGGAUUGUGUUUAAAGGAGAUGGUUAUCCACACACGGUGGGCCUAUAGCCUACAGUACAACAUGCACAGGAGAAUACACAAAAGUUAUCUGGUUGAACACUAGCUGUUAACUUGAAAUAAGAGGUACAUAUAAUGGCAGUAUCUGUACUCCAUAGUAUUUGACACCAUCCGAUAGUAUUGGUAUUUGGCACAUAGAUGCUCUUUACCCCCCAAAGGAGUAGUUGAAACUCAUCUUAUGAAUGUACAAAAUAUUACUGUAUGUCUAUGGUGAAACUACUACUUAUUAUUAUUUUUGUGGUACAAACAUCAUCUGGCUUGUAUUUGAAAGAAAUGACCAGAAAACUAGUUUUAAUGGUGCCAAUACAGGCUCCCAGAUCAGGACAGGGACGUGGAAAGAGCUACUUCUGUAUAAUGUGAAGUACUAUUGCUGUUGAAUAGAAAUGAAGGUUUAUGUCCCUUGAUCCCACUUAUCCCCCUAAUACUGAGGCUCACUGUACUGAACCAGGGAGUAGGUUACAGUAUGUAGGCCCUACCGUGGUGACUUGUGGUCUCUGGCUAUCUAUCUUCUUCCAUCGACCUAUGUCAUGUUCAUUAGGAACGGAAGAAAAUAAGUGAAACAGGGAGGUACUACAGUACCUGAACUUGUCAAAUAAGAAAUGGCUUGUUUAGGUUUUUCGUGGGCAAAACGGAUUCCUACUGUGAACAGGAGCCUAAUGAACACGAGAGAGCCUGCUGAUCCUGAGCAACCUGUGUGUAGGAAGGAAUGGAUCUCUGAUUGAAGUUGUUUUGUUACCCAUUUUUUUCAUCCUUUUCCCAUUAGUUUCUUACUGUAUUUGAGUUGAAAGGCCAACAAAAUACUGUUUGUUUGUUUUUCCAUUCCAAAAAUAACAAUAUAGCAGAAUUUAAGAAAUUAAAUGGUUUGAUUUCCCCUUAAAACGAAAUCAAUACAUUACUGUUUUGUGUUAUUGAUGAUCAUUUAUUUAUUAUAAUGUUACUAUUCAGUGUCUUCCCCUAAUCAAUGUGCAAUCUAGGCCUGUGUUUUUUUUCUGCUGUUUCAUUGCAAUGCACAUUUUAUUAAAAGAAUACGUUGGAUACGC